GUCUGCACAGAUAUAUCCAGCCGGGCAGGCAGGUUUUUCGUACCAGAAAUUGGUGUUCUGAACGUGAGCCAAAAAAGCAAAAAAGCACCCGCAGUCACAGGAGCUCAGCAGCAUCAGUGUAAGUCUGUGAGCAGACCCUCCGGUGUCCUGAUAGUGCGUGCGUUUGUGUGUUUGUGUGUCCGUGAAGCUGGCGACGCACCAAACACAACAAACCAAGUGAGUGAGAGUGUGUGCAAUGUAAGCAAGCACGGGGGAGCAAAGCAAUGGAGUGAAAACGUGGGGGAGGCAAAAAGGGUUCUUCUGCACAAACUCUCCCCCGUGCAGAGUGAACCGUACCGUGUGUGUUUGUGUGUGCUGGAAUUGUCCUACAAAAAGUGUAUGUAAUGCAAAAAAGUUUAAGUUUCGCGUGCAACGGUUGAGUGUUUGCAUUUCGUGCGAAGGCUUCUUCACUCUAACGGCAGCAAACUUGUGCUUUACGACAGCAGGGUUCCUCCCUCCCUGUGACGGGGGUGUGUGUGUUUGUGUCUGUGUGCUAGUGCAAAUAUAGGUAUAAGUGCGCGCACGUGUGUGUUUGUACAUAGCUGUGAAAAGCGUCAAGAAGCAACGUCAUCCCGGGAGGAGGUGAAAUCUGAGUACCGUACCCGAGGGGAGUUCCGGUGGUGGAGGAAGCGGUGCAAAUUUUCCUCUCACAAAACGGUUUUUUUGUUGUGUUUUCUCACACGAGCACUCGCCCAAAGCUUCACACCACAUUUCCGGCUACGGGCUGUCGUUUCCGCCUCCGUCUGCCAACGCACUCCUUCUCCCCCGGGUGCCACUCCCACUCCGCGGUGGUGCACCCUCGCACUCGCACAUAAUUGACUGUAGACCGGGAGCCACCGAAACGCCGCCACAUUGGAAUACCAGGAGGAGAGUUGUGCGUGUUCGCACAACGUGGAACCGCCGCCACCGUCCUGCUGCAGAGUCAUGGUUACCAAAAUAUGGAGCAGCUGCAUGCCCAAACCGAGCAGCUCACCGAACCGCGUCGAACGGCAUCACUUCUAUCUGUGUCAGUGGCAAAGCAGCACCCAGGUCGGUAUAUGCUACCUGCUGUACCGGCUGAUAGUGGCGAUCGUGUUUCUGGCGAUGCUCGUCUGCUCCGUGCUGGACAUUGGGCGCUCCGAGCCAAUGUUCGAACAUCACUACGCCAAAUGGUGGAUCUACCUGACGCACUGGGCGCUGAUGGCGUGCACGGUGCAGGCCUGGCUGGCGGCCAUCAUCGUCACCAAGGGUCUGAUGAUUGACCGGAACGAGUUCGAAUGGAACAUUCACGUCGCACGGGAAAGCCGGCUACACUCGGUCUACUGGAUUGCGUACACGAUUGCGACCGUCUACUCGUUCAUCGUCACCCUCGUCUACUGGAUGUUUGUGUACGACUCAAGUAAAAACCGUGUCGAUGCCGUUAAUCUCAUGGUGCACGUGCUCAACUCCAUCAUUAUGCUAAUUGAUCUAACCAUCGUUGGACACCCGAUCAAGCUAAACCAUGCGUACUGGACGACCGGUAUCGGGGUGGCCUACACGCUUUUCUCCAUCGUCUACUACCUGGCGGGCGGAACGGACAGACACAACGAUACCAACAUCUACAAAAUGCUCGACUGGACCAAGCCGGGCAAAUCGAUCGUGAUCUGUGCGCUCGGCAUCUUCGCUGUGUUUCUGAUGCACUUCCUCUGCUACUGCCUGUACUGUCUGCGGGUGUGGCUGUACGCGCGCGUCUGCGUCCAGGGCAACAACAGCAAGUCGAGCAGCAACGAGAAGAUCACCUCGAUUACGCGCACCCUCUCCUCGAUGGAGGAAGCGCAGCGGGAAAACUUCCUCAACCCGACCGCGGUCGUCGAUCUGAAAGAAUCGCGCCAUGACGGACGUGGUCCCCCGCGCCAGGUGGCCUCACUGCGCUAGUGCACUUUCUGCUCGACCAACUGCUCCCACACAUGCACUGACACACCCAUAAACACAGAGUUAACAGCGAUCCGAUCGGUUGGAAGUGCAGGCUAGGAUGGCGCAGCCCGCGGGCGACAACAGCAUGGUGUGGUGUUUGUGUACCGGGGGUUUGUUUUCUUUUUUUUCGGUUUGAAGUGUGUGUGUGCUUCACGUUUAUGUUUUUGGGCGGAGGAUGAUGAUGCAUCCGUUUGUCCCGCGCUCGCACCGAUUUUAAUCCGACAAGUUGUAUAGUUGCCAUAACCAAAAAAAAAAAAAAAAACAAGGGGAUCGUCAGCGAGAGCCGGCCAUGCAAAAAAGGGCGGCAUAUCUGUUUCUUUCGGUGGCCGCAGCAGCAGCAGCAGUAUUAGCCAAAGCACCGAAAAUGUUUCGAAAUUCCAGUAUAGGCGGAGGAGGGUAGGGACAUUCCUCACAUUCACACUCUCCCUCUUUCUCUCUCUUCACCGGCUCUGACUAUUUGGCUCUCUAUCGUCGCGGUUUAGAGGUACGCACGAAUUCCAAGGCGUAUGGUAAGCAGAUUUCAAUACUCGCAUUUACAGUAUUUUUCAGCAUUUUUCAGUUGGUUUGUAAGUUUAGGUAGUGAAUUUAUUAAAUGAUCCCUUCAAGAAACAAAACCAGUCCGUUGUCGUUCAGUUAAAGGUUUUUGUUUGAGUAGUCAGAAAGGGGAGAGGGAGUGAGUGAACUGCAUUCCCCGAAAUAAAAAGAAAGCAAUGGCAAAAGUAUGUUCGUUCCUAUAUUUCACCUAAGCAAAUUGCCACUCGACAGGAAGUAAUGUUCGUUCCUCCCCUCCUCCCAUACCACCACCCCCUUCCAUUCUAGCUGCUUCACUGUCUCGCUCUCUCUCACACACACGCUCUCCAGAGUAUAUUCCUCCCGUCCUAGAUUUCCGUCGGGUUCGUUCCACAGUAGUAGUAUCUCUCUCUCUCUCUUUCCCGUAAUCGUAUUAUAAAAAUCAAACACACCUCCAAACAAAAGGAAAAAAGAAGAAGAAAGUGAAAAAAAUAUACAAAAAAAGCGGAGAACAAAAAAAAAAACAAACCAGUAAAGUAUAACAGUGCAAACCAAAAUCAAAACAAAACAAAAACAAAAAAAUCACCGAUUGAGCGCCUACCGCUCAAUCAACCACUGACAUCACUCACGAAAUGUUAGAUCUAGCGUAUAAAGUUACUAUUUGCUCACAACACAACAACAACAACAACAACAACACUGUUUUUCCUGUGUCUCCCAGCGAUGGACGGUGGCGAUGGAUGCACAGGAUACACAAACAAAUAAAAAUAGCAUCAAAUAUAAGAAGAAAAAACAAAAACAAAAACAACACAACACACACAUACACACAACACAGCAAAUUAAAACAAUACAACUGUUGGAUCCGUAAGAAUGCGUCUUUAAAGUACAGUCGUUGAUUCUAGAAAUAUAUUUGAAGACAUAACAAAACAGUAUCAUAGCAAAGAAACAGCAGCAAACAAACAAACAAACCAAAAGAAGAAGAAAAGAUGAGGAAAGAAAAAGAAAACACAUUUAGAUUUGUUUGGUGGCAGCGUUUGAGAGUGCAAAGCAGAGGAAGCAAUGGAAGUUGAUAAGUAGAGUAGAAAACAAUGAUGUGUGGUAUGCGCGUUAUUUAGUCUCUGGCAAGGUUGGACAAAAAAAAAACAUCCAAAAACAUUGGUGAUAUAUUCUCAGCUGUUAGCAAAACUGGAUAGAUGGAGAGAGCGUCGGAGAGAGCAUGUGGCCCCAUUCCCGCGUGUGUGUGUGUGUGUGUGUGUGUUUGUGUGUGAGCGUAGAUUUUAGCAAUAAAAAUAUUGAAGUUUGGUGUUGUCACACACACACACACGCACAACAUGGGCCAAGAUUGGAAGAAUCUUCGUCCCUGGGAUGGCGGGAAAAGGAAAGACAAGCAGUAAAGGCAAGGGGGAAAACACACAGAUUUGCUAAUGUGUACCGCUAGAGGAAGCAUUUUAUUGAGAUAUAAAUAUUGAAACAGACAAGCAAGUUCGCGGGAGGAGGAGUGUGCCGGGUAGGGAAGGGGACGUGAUUGAGGAAGAAGAAGAAACAACAAAGUCAAACUAGGCAAAGAAAACCAAAAAAGACAACAAAAAAAACAUUCCAUUUAUAAGUUGAUUGGUUUGUUUAGAGUGAAGUGAAUGCAAAAUAUAUAAAAAUCAUGUUCGAAA